CCCCCCCCCCUUUCCCUUUCUCUUACUGCUCUAAUCUCCACCUCUCUCUCUCCGAGAGAGAUUUCCCAUCGUUCCCUUAUGUAUCUUUAGGGUUUAAUUUUCUUCUUCUUCUUCUUCUUCUCUGCUAUAUCUGAGCUUAGGAUCUUUCUCUUUCACGUUGGUUUUGUAAAUAUGGAGCGAUCCGAUGGCAAACUUUACAGCAAUUUAUCCUCUCUAUCUUCCUCAGGUAAUGCGGUUUUUGAUGCAUCCCAGUAUGAAUUUUUUGGUCAAAAUGAUCCGGAAGAAGUGGAGCUGGGGGGUCUGGAAGAUGAUGAAGAGGAUGCUCCUGUCUUUGCUUCCACUGAAGAUGAUGAGUACCAUUUUGAUAAAGGAGAGGUUGUAGGUUUAGGUUCUCAAUCUGAUAUGGAUGAUCUAGCUAGUACUUUUGCGAAGUUGAAUAGAGUUGUUACCGGGCCAAGAAAUCCAGGAGUUAUUGGUGAUAGAUCUGGAUCUUUUUCAAGGGAAAGUUCCUCUGCUGCUGACUGGGCUCAAGACGGAGAUUAUGCAUUCAUGAUGGAUCAGCAUAUUUUUGAUGCAGAAGAUGCACAAGAAGGCAAUAGAUGGUCUUCACAGCCACAAACUUCUUCUCAUCUUUCAGUUUCAAAGCCUUUGUAUAGAACUUCCUCGUAUCCUGAGAAGCAACCAAUGCUGCAUCGCUUCUCAAGUGAACCAAUUUUUGGACCAAAAUCAAACUUCAUGCCUUUCCCUGCUCCUGGCAGCCAGCAGUCUUUACCUGCCCACUUUAAUAUUUCUACACUUUCCAGUGGAUUUCAGCCACCCUUCUCUACAGCAAGCCUCUCUCCAUUGUUCAAUUCCAGUCUUCAACUGGCUGGUUUAUCUCAUGGAUUGCAUGGUGGUGGAAACAUGUCCCAGUUAAUAUCUCCUGGCCUAUCUUUUAGUAGCAAGUCACAGAGUCACUGGAUUAACCACUCUGGUCCAUUACAUGGUGAUCAUGCUGGUCUUUUGCAUAAUAUGUUGCAACAGCAAAUACCUCAUCACAAUGGCCUAAUUUCCCCACAGUUAAUGUCACCACAACAACAGAGAUUGCACCAUUCAAUUCAACCAUCUUUUGCUCAUUUCGCAUCAUUGCAAUCUCAACUGUAUAAUGCCCAUCAUUCAUCACAUAAACUUAUGGUUGGACAAACUGAUCUUAGGGAUCAACGAACUAAAUUGUCCCAAAGAAAACGGCAGAGCAUGCGUAUUUCUCAGCAAAACUCUGAUACCGGUAGCCAGAAAAGUGAGAGUGGCUUGGUACAAUUCAGAUCCAAGCAUAUGUCUUCUGAAGAGAUAGAGAGUAUCCUGAAGAUGCAGCAUGCUGCCACACGUAGUAAUGAUCCUUAUGUAGAUGAUUAUUACCACCACGCUUGUCUUGCCAGAAGAUCUUUCGAACCCAGGGGUAAACGUAAUUUUUUUCCAUCUCACCUGAAGGACUUGCAUUCUCGGUCCCGUAACAGUGGAGAGCAGCUUUUGCAUCUACAUGUUGAUGCACUUGGGAAGGUACCCCACUCUUCCAUUCGAAGACCUCAUCCCCUGCUUGAAGUUGAUCCUCCCUUAGGUUCAGGUGAUGGAGGUUCUGAACAGAAAACGGAGAAGCCUCUAGAGGAGGAACCUAUGCUUGCAGCUAGAAUCACCAUUGAAGAUUGUCUCUGUCUUCUUCUUGAUAUAGAUGAUAUUGACAGGGUCAUACAAUUCAGUCCACCCCAAGAUGGUGGGGUCCAGCUCAGACAGAGGCGGCAGAUCCUGCUUGAAGGUAUUGCAGCAUCACUUCAGCUUGUUGAUCCACUUAGCAAUGGUAUGCCUGCAGUUAACUGUGCUCCAAAAGAUGACAUUGUGUUCCUAAGAUUAGUCUCUCUUGCAAAGGGUCGUAAGCUGCUCUCCAGGUUCCUUCAGCUUCUCAUCCCUGGAAGUGAGCUUAUUCGAAUAGUGUGCAUGGCGAUUUUCCGCCACUUGAGAUUCUUGUUUGGUGGUCUUUCUUCUGAUCCGGAAGUAGCCGAGACAACUACUAAUCUUGCGAAGACUGUUUCGACAUGUUUUAAUGUUAUGGAUCUUCGUGCUCUCAGCGCAUGUGUUGUAGCCGUUGUUUGUUCUUCAGAGCAACCACCACUUAGGCCCCUCGGAAGUCCUGCUGGAGAUGGUGCUUCUAUCAUUUUAAAAUCAGUUCUUGAAAGGGCCAGUCAACUUUUAAGUUAUCCUUCAGGAAAUUGCAGCAUGCCUAAUUAUGCUUUGUGGAGGGAGUCGUUUGAUGAAUUUUUCAUGCUUCUUACCAAGCAUUGCAUGAAAAAAUAUGAGAUGAUAAAGCAGUCAAUGCAGAACGAGUCUCUGCCAACAACAGAAGGGAUUGGUUCAGAGGUUGUAAGGCGAGAAAUGCCUUGCGAGCUUCUAUUUGCUAGUCUUCCUCAUACAGAUGAAGCGCAGAGGAAGCUUUUAAUGGACUUGUUUCAGCGUUUUGUACCCAUGGAUGGAUCCAAUUCCCAAGCUGGAAGUGCCAGCCAAAUAAAUUCUGAAUCAGUGAGGGGUUAAGAAAGUACCAGCCAAAUAAAUUGCUUGAUGGAUUGUGGAAUGGGAGGGCGGAAGCCAGGUGCUGUGUGUUUCACUACAGGAGUCUGGUUUAGAGGGGACAGCAUCAAGUUAUUAUGCAUUGCGUUGUGUUGCACACUUUGUUUUUUGUUGAUUGUCAUUGCCCCUCUUUCCUCUCUCAACUCUCCCCACCCCUCUUUUAUCUUUUAUCGUGCUUUGUUUUACAGGUUUUAAGAAAGGUAAAAAAUCUGGAGAGAGAAGGGACCGAAGAAUUGGAAGAUGGUAGCAGUAGUAAGGUAUGAAUUGUGUAUAUUAAUUAUGACGGGAGUUGUGGGGAGCUUUAUUUUGGUGCUCUGUUGUGAGACUCCAGGGUUGGAAGUUAGAAAGAAUAUGUGCAGCUUGCUGAAGCAGUCAACCUUUCUUUUGAUUCUAAUGCUGUUUAGUUGCAUUAGUUUCUGAGGUAGUCUCAACCCAACGUGUUAUUGUUGUUUGUUUUCAUUCUGUGUAUUUUGUAAUUCCAAGGGGCUUGUAUAAUAAACUUCAACUCCUACUUUUUAUUCGUUUCUGUUAUUGGUAUUUAUGAAGGCUUAGAACUGAACUUGCUAUCGUUUGA